AUGACAGAUCAGGAUAAUUCUUACCGACCUCGAUCUCCCGAUUUUUCCACCCUCCAAUCCCCCAUUCCCUCUAUCCCCCAGCCCAUAUACUCUUUCGCGAACCCAUUGGUUCAUCACCGCGCAUCCUACGACGCUUCUCGCUAUUUCACCCCGCAGUACCACCCUGUUCCUCCACCCCCACCCCGUCAAGCCUCUCAGCAGUACAUCCCUCCUUUCGCAGACCCGAUUGUAGAUCCCGACAUGGCUCGUCGGUCAUCUCGGAUCGCGCGCGCUGCCGAGGUUGUGCCCAUGCCGGAAACUAAGUACGUCGAACCAACAUACGUCGAACCAUCAUAUGUCGAGCCACCAUAUGUCGAACCCACACCGGUGCUGCCGGAAGAGCCUCCCCAACCAAAUCCCACGGCUGGCGUGGAGGUGAAGACAAAAUUCCCUGUCGCGCGCAUUAAGCGCAUUAUGCAAGCCGAUGAAGAUGUUGGCAAGGUAGCGCAGGUGACUCCAAUCGCUGUCUCCAAAGCUUUAGAACUCUUCAUGAUUUCUCUUGUCACCAAGGCCGCAAAGGAAGCCAAAGACCGGAAUUCGAAACGCGUCACCGCGUCGCAUCUGAAGCAAGCGGUCGUGAAGGACGAAGUAUUAGAUUUCCUGGCCGACAUCAUUGCCAAGGUGCCCGACCAACCGGCAGGAAGAAAGCACGACGAUGAUGGAAGUGAUCAAAACGAACAACCGAAACGAAAGCGCGGAGGACGACGACCGAAAGACGAUAGCGACUAG